CUCAUCUUCUUUUCAUGAACCAUCGAAUUAUUCCGGAGGAAUUUUAUUACCUACGCCCAAGCCAAGACUUGCGCCGCCUCAAGAAAACUGAUCUAGAGGACAUUCUCAUGAAUCACGAUGUCCCAUUUGGCCCAUUGAUGAGACGAGUUGAGCUGUACCGUCUCUUCAAGAGCAACAUCCUCAGUAGGCGUGAUGAGAUAGUAGACGCGUACUACGCUGUCAUGGAUAAUCAAAAUCCUAUUAAUGAUAACAGCAAUGAAGACGAUGAAUCCGAUUCCGAUCAUAGCCCUGGUGAUGAGUCUGACUAUGAGUCUGACAGAGACGACGAUGAAUUGAGAGAGGGAAUUGGUGCAAACGAAUUGGCUCGUUUGCAGUCAGGCAACUCCCUGUCAUCUGAAAGCCUCCAUCAGCUAUAUGAGCAAAGACAGGAUUAUCCGAAGAAACUUACAGUUAAAAAAAUGAUCAUGGCAAUUUUUAACACUUGUAUUUUUACCUCCAGGAAAAAAAUUCGUGCAGUUUAAAAAUAAAAAUUGAUUCAGGCUCUGCAAUUGAAAGAAAAUAAUUUCGUGUAAAUUAUGAAAAAAAAUUCGUGCAGUAUCAGGUUCCUUUCUUU